CAAAGAAACAUAAAAAACGCCAGAGGCACCCGCCUUCCUUCCGCUCCUCCCGCGCCACCGCCAGCGCGCUCACGCCCCCCUCCCCUCCCGCCUGCACCCGAGAUCUCUGCGGCGAGGCUCCCCGCCCACCGCACCCCACCCCACCCGCCGCCCGUACCACGUGACGCGCGCGCGGAAGCUUGCCGGGAGCGGAGCCCAGCCGGGCCGCGCCGAGCCGGAUUCGCCGCGAGCGCGGUGUCCAGGCAGGCGGGGCUAGAUCCGAGAGAUCCCGCCCCACGUUCCCGCAUCCUCCGUGAGUCCGUGGUAUGCGCAGGGUUUGCUGAGAAGCCACGACUGUAGAGUGAUAUCUUGUCUGUGUGAUUAUUUCGGCUGCUGCUCCUGGUUGGUUGGAGGAGAUGCAGAGGAAUGGCGUUCUGGAAUGCAGCGUCUGCCGCUCCAAGGUGGCGGUUCCAAGCCCCAGGAGUGUAUCGAGGGCAUACGACAAGCACCGCAGCAAGAUAUCACACAAGUACCGUGCACUCAACUUCCUUCUCGUGUCCGGGGACUGCAUCUUGGUCGGCCUCCAGCCUAUCCUAGUCUUUAUGUCGAAGGUUGAUGGGAAGUUUCAGUUCAGUCCUAUCAGUGUUAACUUUUUGACGGAGAUUGCAAAAGUUCUUUUUGCCAUCGUAAUGCUAGUAAUCGAGUCUAGAAAACAAAAGGUGGGGGAGAAGCCGCUUCUGUCACUUUCAACCUUUGUACAGGCAGCCCGUAAUAAUGUACUCUUAGCUGCUCCUGCUCUCCUAUAUGCCAUCAACAACUACCUGAAGUUUAUCAUGCAGUUAUACUUCAGCCCCGCAACUGUGAAGAUGCUAAGCAAUCUGAAGGUACUGGUCAUAGCUGUUCUCCUAAAAAUUAUAAUGAGAAGGAAAUUUUCUAUAAUUCAGUGGGAAGCCCUUGCCCUAUUGCUUAUUGGAAUCAGUGUCAAUCAACUGCGCUCUGUACCUGUGGGCACCGAUGCUUUUGGUCUUCCAGUCACUACUAUUGUUUAUGUGUAUACACUUGUUUUUGUUACUGUCCCAUCGCUUGCCUCUGUGUACAAUGAGUAUGCCCUAAAAAGCCAGUUUGAUACAAGCAUCUAUCUUCAGAAUUUGUUCUUAUAUGGUUAUGGUGCAAUUUUCAACUUCCUUGGCAUCUUAGUGACUGUCAUAUUUCAAGGUCCAGAGAGUUUUGAUAUCCUUCGAGGCCAUUCAAGGGCUACAAUGUUUCUCAUAUGUAACAAUGCUGCACAAGGCAUUCUCUCUUCAUUCUUCUUUAAGUAUGCAGACACUAUUUUGAAGAAGUACUCAUCAACUGUUGCCACGAUUUUUACUGGUCUAGCUUCGGCUGCAUUUUUGGGACAACCCUUGACUGUUAACUUUCUCCUUGGCAUCUCAAUAGUGUUUAUUUCAAUGCACCAGUUUUUCUCUCCACUAGCCAAAGUCAAAGAUGAAAAGCCAUCUGGAACAGUGGAAUUUGGAGAUACACAAAAUCAUAGGUCUGCUGAGUCUUCCUUUGUAAACAUGACUGCUGGAGCUGCUGCUGAUGCAAGCCAUCUUAGCGCAACUGAUGAGAGAAAACCACUGCUGCCGAUUUAACAUUAUAUCUGAGGAACUGUUGCUCAAACAUGGCUACCUUAGUUUCAGACAUGAUACACAAGUCGACUCACGGCCACAGGAGUCAGGUUGACAACGGCAAAACUUCACAUCUCCACAUGCUUGCACCAGAUCAGACCACGCCCUGCCGGUCUUGCAGGACGGCGUAGUUGAUCACGCGGGCGACGGUGCCCAUGGGCGGCCGGAAGGUUGUGUCGUAGUGCAGGGCACUGCACCGCGAUCCUCCCGAGCUGCAGGGCAGGGAACAACCAGAUUGACGGUUAGGUUCUGGCGAUGCGCCAAGGGUUUACAAGCCGACAGGCAGAAGAGAAGUUCAGGUGGACCUUGAGAGCUCCGGCAGGAGGAUACUGGUCGCCAAGCUUCGGGUCGAUGCAUUCCUGAACCCUGUCUUCCGACAGCAUCGGAGUUGCCUGAUGUAUCAAUGGAAGCAGGAAAUCCAUCAGACGUUUUGAUCAUUUGGUGCUUAUUUAGUACUUUCAGAAUGUUCUGAAUCCGAGAAACUAUCGAUUACAUGCUAUUUCGGUAGCAUCAUUUAAAAAAAAAGAAGAUAUACCAGGUUCUGUUCGUACUGCCGCUGUUUUUGUGUUUAACUGGACCAUAGAGUUAUAGUUGUACAACUACCCAAGAAAGAGGCAGAGAUAAUUCGUUUGCUGCGCCAUAGCGAACUGCCUUAUAGUAUUCUUGCUGGUCAGAAUUGGAAGGUCAGCUCUAUAAGAUUUAAAUCAAGGGGCUAGAAGUUUCUUGCAGGUA